GCCGCGUGCGCACGCCUUCGCCGCGAUGGAUUUCAUGACAUUCACAUUACUAAUAUUUUUAGUAGCGGUUGUUUCCACGCAAAAUUUUAACAUAACAAAUACCGAUGCCCUCGCUAGACUAACCCCGUUAUUAGAUUCUAAUAGAACGGUAAAUGAACAAGAUUUAGCGCUUUUAAAUAGAACAGCUGAUAAGCUCGGCUUAGAUAGGGAUUUAAUCGCGAAAUUCGUUGCGAAUAGAACUGAAAGAGCUUCGCAAAGGAAUCCUGCUUAUAACGAAUACGAAGGAGACACAAAAGACACUCAAGUCAGGGUGAUCGGGGAGUCUCCUGAUUAUGCGUCCUCAGUAGUUCUUGCGAGUGAUCUGUUAUCCUUAACCAGUGCUAUAGCCUCUCUCAAAGAUAAUGCCUGCAGAGACCAUGGAUACAAGUUUCUGGAUGGGCUACUUUUGAACAAAAGAUGGGCGUUGAAGAUGUUCGAUGCAUCGGCAAAGUCUCCACAGGGCUUGCUGUUUGGUUCCUCGUACCACUUAGGAAAUUUCGAUGAGUGCGUCGGCAUCGAAGACUCCAAUGAUAAUGGUGUGAGCGUCGAUGGCCAGUACUGCCUUGCAACGAUUAAGUGGCAGCACGAGGAGAAUAAGAUUAGGACGGGCCGAGGAGAAACACUGCGCUGGGCGGUUUGCGUACCGAAUGUUUGCAACUCUGAAGCAGUCCAGAGUUUUGUGAGCAGUGUCUUAUCGCAUACGGUCGGGAACAAUACAGGAGUCGAAGUAUCCGAACGUGAUUGUUACACAAGACGACCGUUGUCUAUUAACAAUUUGGAUGUGGCAUUCUUGUCCUUAAUUCUCGUGUUCAUGACCAUUCUAACACUUAGCACCAUUUUCGAAAUCUUCAUCAUCUACAUGGGGAAGAAAAAGGAUUCUGUGAUCACGGAACUGAUAACGUCAUUCUCUGUCAUCAAUAAUGUAAAGAAGAUUAUAUCAACGAAACAGCAGGGAAAUCUUGGCUUAGAAUGCGUAACUGGGAUCAAAGCGCUGUCUAUGAUCUUUAUUUUGGGCGGCCAUGCCUGUCUAUUCAUAGCCAGUGGACCUGUUAUGGAUGCUACUGCUUGGGAUAGACUAAUCAGAACACCGCUAAAUGGUUUCAUGUUGAACAACGCUUUGCUCGUGGACACAUUCUUGUUUCUGAGCGCUUUUCUCUUUUGCCGACUUCUUCUCAUAGAACUGGAUAAAAGACGAGGAAAACUUAACGUUAUUCCAAUUUUGGUAUUCCGGUAUAUCAGGGUAACUCCGGCAUAUGCAGUUAUCAUAUUAUUCUAUAUGACUUGGUUCCCGAAGAUCGGAGAGGGCCCGCUAUGGGAUGAUCGACUGUUAUUAGAGCGAGAGCGCUGCAUGGAAUCCUGGUGGGCUAAUAUCUUAUACAUCAAUAACUACGUGAACACUGACCAAAUGUGCAUGUUCCAAUCAUGGUAUUUAUCUGUGGACACACAGUUAUUCUUUGUGGCUCCGAUAUUCAUCUACAGCCUGUGGCGUUGGAGGAAGUUUGGUACUUUUCUUCUGUCAUUCGCUAUUUUGGUGUCUAUGUUGGUUCCAUCUGUCAUCACGUAUAAAGACAAAUUGGAUCCAACGUUAUUGUUUUUUGCGAAAGAAUUCACGGAUAUUGUGUCAAACUUUUACUUUAAAGAGGCUUACAUAAAGACGCACAUGAAGAUGAUAACAUAUUGUAUGGGGCUGUUGACCGGCUAUGUACUACAUCGUAUACAGUCGACCAACUAUCAAAUGUCUUAUCUCCUCAAGAGCUUUGCGUGGCUGAUCAGCAUUAUCUUGGGAACUGUGACCACUUUCUCGGUCACCUUGUUCUACCAAGAGUGGUACGAAUACAGUAACAUUGAGGCUGCUGCAUACAUUUCCCUGCACAAACUUGCCUGGGGCAUCGCUAACGGGUGGCUGAUCAUUGCGUGUUCCACUGGCAAUGGAGGUAUCCUUGGGAGACUACUAUCCUGGAAGUUCCUGGGUCCUGUAGCAAGACUGACAUUCUGCGCAUAUUUAGUUAAUGGAAUUGUAGAGUUAUACUACGUUGGACAGCUGAGGCAUCCGAUGCAUAUAACAUUCUUCACUGUGGUCGCCUCGGCAACAUCGCAUAUAGUACUGACGUUCUUCUUAGCCCUGCUUCUGUGUUUGACAUUCGAAUCACCGUUGCACGGUAUUGAAAAGAUUCUCCUAAAGAGAUUUGCUCAACCGAAACAUCGAGAAAAUCCAAAUUCAGUACAAACUUCAAGAAACACUAGUCAGUCCAGACUGGAGUCAUAGCAUCACCGAUGCUAUAUAUAUCUACGUUUUGUAAAUAGUGUGCGAGUGUUGUAAUGUAAAUGGGUGUUUUGUUUAAAAUUAUGAUAUAGUAUUAUUUUUGUAAAUAAAAGUUACUGUUACGAGAGCUGUUAACGAGGCGUCUACUUAAAUCUUAACUUAAUACUCCGGGUUAAUUGGUAGCGUGAUCAUCCCCUGGUUUGCUGUAUGUUCGAACUUAAUCUAUACUAAUAUAUAAAUCUACAGUGGUUUUUUACGGAUGUUCCGUUAUAACUACUGAACCAUGAAUC